AAUCACAUAUCUCGUAGCCGUAGCCAUGAAGAUCGAUCCGCUGCCGAGGUUCAUCUAGAACUGUAGCAUCGGCAACAGUUUCUCUGACGGGUCGUCAUGCAACAGUUUCUCAUGCAAGUAGUACUGUGCUGCGCCCUUGUGCCUUGUUGAUAGUCGGAGACUUGGAGUGGUCGCGGCGGCGUUUCUCUGACUUGGAGCUGCAGCGUGCAGCUCCUUCUACAAUUCCACUCUUUUUCCUUCCUUGGAGUAGAAUAUCACGCGUAUGUUAGGACCAGAGCCACUCGCUCGGAAAGUGCAGUAAAAACUUUGGAGAGAGAGACUUACUGCGACUUCCAAUCACGUAGGGCCAGUGAGAAACAUUGCGGAGUCGAAGCCAUGGCAUUGGCAUGGCGAGUUCUUGCUCGGGCCAUUUACUCAGCUGCAGGUGCGCGCGUCAGUGCAUUAACGCGGCUCACCAACUCAUUCGCUUCCGCGCAGUUACUCCUCCCACUUCCCCUCGCCAUCCGUCUCCAGUCUCCACUCUCCCUGUCGCUCUCCCGCUCCGACCCGCUCUUCCUCUUCCUCUGCGGCUCUGCGUCUUCAGUGCACCAACGUCGCUGCCGCGGCAGCAGCAGUUUACUACCGCGUGCCAUGUCGUAUUAAACCGCCGGCGUCGCAGCGCAGCGCAGCCCAGCCCAGGGAGUGGGCACGGCCCUGUGCGCGGGAUGCUCUUUGCCCCCCGCGCCACGAAAUCGAUCCGCCCGGACCCUGCUCAUAUAAUGCUCAUGCGGCACCCUUCUGGACUGUUGCCAUGUAGCUAGGUUGGUGGCGCUGGCAUGGCGGCAGCCCAACAAGGGAACAUGGAGCAGGCUGUGAGCGGAGCGAAAGAACCGGGCAAGGUCGACGGCGAGGCUCCCGAGGCGGCGUCGACGCCCAAGGCCGCGGCUGCCGCCACCGCUGCUGCGCCACAUCACCGGCGAUCCAAGAGUGCUUCUUCGGGCAGGAACUCGGAGACUUGCAAGCAUGUCAGCGUGGAGCAACGCCUCAACCAAGCACAGAACCCGCCGGACCCGAGGAAGUCUUCUUGCUCAACGGAUGGUUCUUCGGUUCACCGCCCCCCGCCGAGGGAUCAACGGACGAGCGCGGCCACGGCGUCGCCGAACCACCGCGUCUCUCUGGAGAACGACGUCUCGCAGCUGCAGCUGCAUCUCCAUCAGGAGAGGUCCAUCCGGAUCAUGCUUGACCGGGCGAUCGGCCGGGCUUCCAGCACUCUGUCUCCUGGUCAUAGGCACUUUCCAGCUCAGACAAAGGAACUGAUAGCAGAGAUUGAAUUGCUCGAAGAGGAAAUCGCAAACCGUGAGCAGCACGUCCUCUCACUCUACAGAAGUAUAUUUGAUCAGUGCGUGUCCGGGCCAUCAUCGGGGCAGAGUUCCAGUAUUUCAUCCCCUGCUCAUGCCAAGAGCAUAAGUUCAAGGACGAGGCGGCGGCAGUCGAGCAUAAUAUCAAGUGCAUUUUGCUCAUCUAAGAAGCUGCCUCUCCAACCUUUCCAUAUCAUGACAUCAGUGUCGGAGUCGGGUAGAACCAAGAACAUGCUCAAGACCAAGAUCAAGCAUGAAUCUUUCUCGAGCGAAACGUUGGAUGUCCGUCCUGCCUCCCUUGCAUCAGAUCCAAGGAAGCUGCCUUAUUUAGGGAGUAGUUCUUUGGCGCGUACUCUGAAAGAUCAUCUCUACCAAUGUCCAAGCAAGAUAUCUGAAGAAAUGGUUAGAUGCAUGGCCUCCAUAUACUGUCUUCUGCGCACGGAGUCACCAGAAAAGCCUGAAAAGGUUCGCUCGCCGUUCUUGUCAAGGUCAUCAACAAGUGUCAUUCUUCCUCGGAGGAGUAACAGUGAGGAGACUAAUACAUCAAGUAACAAAUGCAUUGUCGAAGUAUGUUCAAUCUCAGUCGAAAAGAAUCAGACGCCAGAUGUCUCCUGUGCAAUUACCCACUACAGGUUGCUUGUGGAGCAGCUUGAAAGGGUUGAUCUGAGUAUGUCAGAAACCAGUAUCAAACUGGCCUUCUGGAUCAACGUGUACAAUUCUCUUGUCAUGCAUGCAUAUCUAGCAUAUGGAAUUCCAAACAGUUCUCUGAAAAGAAUGGCUCUAUUUCACAAGGCUGCCUACAAUGUUGGUGGAUAUGCUGUGACGGCCAACUCCAUUGAACACUCCUUGCUGUGUUGCAGGUCCCCGCGGAUUGGUCGUUGGUUUGAAUCGAUACUGUCGACGGCGAUGCGGAAGAGAUGCGCCGACGAGAAGCAGCUGGUCCAGCUCAAGUUCGGCCUGCCGGACUGCCAGCCUCAGGCCCUGUUCGCGCUGUGCACCGGUGCCUCCUCCGACCCCACGCUCAAGGUGUACACGGCGAAGAACGUGACGGAGGAGCUGGAGCGGGCGAAGCGGGAGUUCCUGCAGGCCGGCGUGGUGGUGCGGAAGUCGAGGAAGGUGUUCCUGCCGCGCCUCGUGGAGCGGUACGCCAAGGAGGCCGGCCUCCCCGUCGGCGAUGGCAUCCUCGCGUGGGCGCGCGACAACUUGGACGGCCGGGCCGCGCAGGAGGCAAUCCAGCGGUGCGCCGCCGCCGCCGCCGCGGCAGGCGGCCGGCGCAGGGCGUCGCAGGCCUUCGAGUGGCUCCCGUACAACGCCAGGUUCCGCUACGCCUUCGCCAGGAGCAUGGUCGACAAACAAGCCGCCGCGGUGCUAGCCUAGAUUGUUCUCGCCUUCCUAGUUGCUAGCUGCUGCAGCUGCAGCUGCCGAGUACUGGUGUAUCUAUAUAUAUAUAUAUAUAUAUAUAUAUAUAUAUAUAUAUAUAUAUAUGACAAAUUUUCCCUACUACCGGGUGUAGUUACUCCCACUUAUGUUUCAUACGUUUUAGGUAGUAUCUAUCAUAUCGGAGAGUAUGUACGCGUAGUAUGUAGUAUAUAAGAAUGUUUAGGUAGUAUAUAUACUACUUUUUUUGGUAGUAUGUAUCAUAUUUUGCGCAUACUCUAUUUCACGUAUAAAUAUGUACGUAUUUCACAAAUACAAUAAAA